CUCAUUCAUUCAUUGAAUAUUCAUUCGUUAGACAACGGGGCUAGAUAAUUUUAUUUAUUUUUGUAGAAAAGUGAUAAUAAAUUAACAAAAUGUCUUCACCUUUGGAAAAUCUUGAGACGCAACUGGAAAUGUUCAUAGAAAAUGUAAGACAAAUCCGAAUUAUUGUCAGCGAUUUCCAACCGCAGGGACAAAGUGUGUUGAACCAGAAAAUACAAUCGUUGGUAACUGGUUUGCAAGAAGUAGAUAAAUUGAAAUCUCAAGUGCAUGAUAUCCAUGUUCCUACUGAAGUAUUCGACUACAUUGAUCAAGGGCGCAAUCCACAGCUGUACACAAAAGACUGCAUUGACAAAGCCCUAGCGAAGAAUGAAGAAGUAAAAGGAAAAAUAGAUUCGUACAAGCGUUUCAAGAGCCAUUUACUAACAGAAUUAUCCAAAACUUUCCCUAAUGAAAUAGCUAAAUAUAAGGCUAUCAGGGGUGGGGAAUAGACGAAAAUUUUGUUAAGUCAAAAUCAGACCUAGUAGUAUAAUUGUAAAGUUAAAUAUAGGUAAAAUUCCUUUAUAUAAUAAAUCUCAGGUUGUAUGUUAAGAGUGUAUACCCACAAAUGUGCCACUUUUGUAUAUCUCCAAAAAGUCUUCAAGUAAAAUGGCAGUUUAUUGUAGGUAUUAUGAGGGACUUUCCGGGUUAAGUUCCUCAAAAACAAUAUAGAUGCAAGCUGUAAACAUAUUCAAAAAAUCAAAAUCAAAUCAAAUAUACUUUAUUGCACAGAACUAAAAUAUAUAUUCCUGUUUAACCUUCUAAAUUCAUAGAUAACAGACGUAUAGGUAUGCAUCUUUUAUCUUUGUUUUUGGGUUUAAAUGAGUACCCUUUUAGUACUCCCAGGCACAAUUAUGAUUAUAAUUCUGAUUAAAAUAAAGAGAAGUAAUAAUUCUAUACAUAAUAUGAUCCAAAUUUAUUUAUUUGUAGCCUUUUUUCAGAUAUAAAAGUUACAUUUUAAAGUUUUUCCUUAAUCUACAAUAACCAAUCUGUAUGCCUUCGGGCGAAGACCUCCCCCCCCCCCUUCACUCCAUUCUUUUUUGUUAUCUAUGAAAAUGUGAUCCAAAUAUCAAGCAACAAUUUUUUUUUUAUAUUAUGCUUCUGCCAUUAAAUUGUAGGUAUUUUGGAAUAAUUAUGUACCUGAGUAUUGAGAAAAUAGGAAUAUCAUGUUAAAGCAGUACAAUACAACAUCAUCUUUUUUGUUUUUGGUGAACAUAGCCUGGAAAGUCCCUCAUUCGUCAUUUGUUUGAUAAACUAUUAUAAGAAAUUAAUCGGAAAUUAAAUUUUAUACUGCAAGAUGUUCUUAGGUAUAAAAUCAUUGUAAGUGGUUGUAUUGUAACUAAAUAAAUUAUUAACUAUAAUUAUUUUUA